AUGUUGCAACUGCACGACCCUAAUGUUGUGAAACUUCGACAAAAUUUCCCCGUAGAAAGUUCCAUUAGUUGGUUUCGUGGUGCAAUUGGCUUAGCAUUGAUACCAUUGGAUAUUGUUCCAAAAACAUGGACUGAUAGUAUGUCAGAAUAUCCACCAGAUGAUCUACUAGCCACAACAUUUACUGAAUGUUUAACAGACACGUACACGGUGGACAAUUGUGACUAG